CACCGCUAUCCAUCCAUCCAUGCUAACGACAGUCACCAUCCUCCAUCUUUGGCGCGAUGUUGAAAAGCUUGAUAAGAUCUGGAAGUUGAAAGCUGGAAAGUAGAUAAACACGGGAGAAAAUCGACAAGACUCAGCAUGCACCCGACAAAGAAGAAAGCGUCCAAGAAAGGCCAACAACUACUGUCAAGCUAUUUCACGAAGGGUGCCGUAAAGUGUACAAAAGCUGAGCAAGAUUCUCCUGCAAGAAAGGCUACUGAACCAGAUGUAUUCAUUGUGGACGAUUCGGAUUUUAGCGAGGACAUGGUUCCUCCGACGCCGCUUCAGAAGCCUUCCAAGUGGUUGAAUAAGGGAGCAGUGACAAAGAACAGGGAGCAGCAGCCCAGUAGACACAAAACAAAUGCGCCCUUACACUCAGCGAACGCGAAAGUAAAAACAUUUGUUCCGAGUCCAUUAAAAUUAAAUGAGGUUAUGCACGGCGUAUCGGAACCGAGUAUUGACUCGAUAUCCACAAAACGUAAGCUGAAUCCAUUUGACGCUCCAUCGUCACCAAAGAAGAAGAGUCGCGUACUCGACAUAGAAAAUUAUUCCAGUAUUAAAAUGCGGAAGCGCCCGGACGAUUUCGUAAGCCAGUCACCCAAUUUUACCAGUAUCAAGGAGAAAGAGAACAACCCUUCAGACACGCAAUCUAAGCGUGAUAUUCGACCCGGAUCGACUCCUGUUGACACUUUCCCCAACAUUAUGCAAGAAGGUAGGAGGGACAACCAGCCAAAGGUAACAUGCCACGGAACACACAAGGAAGACGACGGACAAGUUGCUGCUGCAAGACAGAGAGAUGAUUAUGCAGUUCAAUUGAACCGUAACAGCACCUCACCAAAUAUGGAAGCAAGUAUUGCGAUGAAUCGCAACUUGACGACAGCCAAAACGGUUGAAGAUGUUUAUGCUGAUAUCCUCGACUCUGAAGGUGUUGCUGAUUGUGCACCAAAUGAUUCAAUUGAAAUCGACUUGGGUGACUUGAACUGGGAUGAUGAAAGUUUUGAAACUGGCGAAGACUCGAGCAGCUUGUACCCAGUCCGUCGUAGCGUAAGGGCUGUGGUCAUUGGCUGCGGGUCCGGGGCGACAGGUUGCCUCUCCCUCAAUGUCCGAACGGUAGACCAUCCAGAAGAGGAGCUAGUGUGUAACCUGUCUGGAUCCUGGAGAAGCCUGCAGGUAGCAGUCGGAGAUGUUGUGCAAGUGCACGCAGAGUUCCGAGGACGAACCUGCGUUGUGGACGACGUGGGUGGCUUUGUUGUAACACACCCGGAUUACCUGAUAAGCACGACAACAGUGGUUGGGUCUAUGUUUUGUGCACGUAAAAGUGUCCUAUCGCUCAAGUACAAGGACAUUGAAGGACCCAACAAGGAAAUGCUAAUGGGAAGCAUUGCUCACGAACUCUUCCAGCUGGCUAUUCAAGAGAAAGCAACAGAAGAUUCCAUGAGGGCAAUGCUAGACAGGCUCUUGCAGAGGAACGACAUCUUACACGAAAUGUAUGGCCUCAAACUCCCUGGAGACGACGUGAGAGAAUACGGCGAAAAACUCAUUCCAAACGUGGCCCGUUGGUUGUCGGAUUACGUAGUUCCGCAACGGACCUCCAAGUUCAGGAGUCGUAAAGACGUCAGUGUAACAGCAGUCAGAGACAUUGAAGAAAACUAUUGGUGUCCACGACUCGGACUCAAAGGGAAAGUAGAUGCAACGACCGAGGUCACCAUCCAUGGACCGAGUGGCUCGGCAGAGAAGAAACUGAUACCGUUGGAGUUGAAAACUGGCAAACACAGUUUCUCUUUUGAGCACAUGGGACAGGUGAUCUUGUAUUCUUUGAUGAUGUCCGAACGUUUUGAUGAAGACACAUCAGAAGGUCUGCUGCUGUACAUCCGUGAUGGCGUUGACAUGAAGCGCGUUCCGUCGAAGCACACAGACUGUUGUGGCCUUCUGCAGAGGCGCAACGACUUAGCAUAUCAUCUUGCAAAGCAGCGCUGCUUGGAGGUGGAUUUGAAAAAUGGAACAGUCUGUGCACCUCAAGACAUUCUGCCACCGCCAAUAAACAGUGACCGAUACUGUCCCCGUUGCCCUCUGUCAACAGUAUGUUCAAUUUAUCAAAACACUGCCACCAAUGACACUGUGGAGGCCACCAAGGAGUUGCCUUCUUUUGCCAAAGAAAGUAUCCAGCACCUUUCCCCGUCUCACCUGAACUACUUCAAUACCUGGUGUAGUUUGCUCGACCUUGAACUCCUCCAUAGUACAGCACGUAAUCAGGACAGAUUCUGGUUAGAAGAUGCACCUAAAAGGGAGGAAAACGGCCUGUGCCUCAGUGGCUUACGUAUGAUCGACACACGAAACAUUUCACCUCUAUGUGGUGAUGGCAGGCAGGCGACAUUUCACCACUGCUUCAGACGGCAAAUUUCAGCUACGAAACGGACCACCCUGGUGCCCACAAGUCUGGGCAUCGGAGACCGUGUGGCCGUGAGUGACCAACAUUGGACAAAAACUGUUGCCUUUGCAGUUGGAACCAUAGUUGAUCUAGACGAAAAUGAGGUCACAGUAAAGCUUGACAGGAAUGUGUUCACAUACCCUAACUGGCAGAAAGCCACCUUUCGAAUUGACCGUCUUCACUCGUCAGCAGUAUUUGCCAUCUGCUUCUCAAACUUGGCACUGUUGAUGUCCAACGAUGAGAAGUCUGAGAAACUACGAAGCUUUGUGAUUGACGGAGUCCCACCCACAUUCAAGAAGACGCUGCCCAAACAGUGGAUAGUGACUUGUCACAAGGCUCUUAAGCCUUUGAAUGAUGUUCAGCGUCGUGCCAUUGUGAAGUUUCUGCUUGCUGAUGAUUACUUGCUCAUCAAAGGGAUGCCUGGAACAGGCAAGACUACAACCAUAGCAGCCCUGAUAGAAGCUUUGGUGCUGCUUGGGCAGACUGUACUGCUGGCGAGCUACACACACAGUGCCGUCGACAAUAUCUUGCUCAAACUGGCAAAUAAAGGUGUCCCGUUUGUUAGGCUUGGUGCCCAAAACAGGAUUCAUGACCGCAUCACAGAGUUCAGUGCCGAUUUCCAAACAAGGAUGCUGAAAACAACCAAGGCGCUGGAAGAAUUUUACAGCAACCAGCCAAUCAUAGCAACCACAUGCCUUGGCCUAAGUCAUCCUGCCAUAUAUCGCCGUGGCCUCUUCGAUGUGUGCAUCAUAGAUGAGGCAAGUCAGGCCAUGCAGCCUUCCUGCCUCGGCCCUCUGUACCGUGCCAGACGGUUCGUACUAGUUGGUGACCCUCAGCAAUUGCCUCCAGUUAUCCAAAGCCAAGAUGCUCGAAAGCUAGGAAUGGAUACCAGCCUUUUUGAAAGAAUGCAGACCAACCAUAACACAGUCACGCUUUCUGUGCAGUACAGAAUGAACAGUGAAAUUAUGCACCUCUGCAACUCCCUCACAUACGAAGGAAAACUGCAAUGUUCCUCGCAAAAAGUGCGCAAUGCAACCGUCUUGUUACCGGAGGUGAACAAUUUCUCUGAGCUCCUCCCCCCAGACUCCUGGGUGAUGCAAGCUGCGAGCCGGGAGCUUUCACAGUCUGUCAUUUUCGUCUGCACUGACACCACUGACGCUGCUGAGGAUGCUAAUAUGACAGGAAGUACGAGCAACAAGGUGGAAGCUCUUAUUGUCUCUCAGCUUCUGCACGUUUUCACAAAGAGUGGCAUGGGGACUACAGAAAUUGGCGUCAUUACACCAUUCCGGAAGCAAGUGCAGCUUUUGAAGGACCUGUUGUGCAGUUACAGGGGUGUUGACAUCAGCACUGUUGACCAAUACCAAGGCAGAGAAAAGACUGCCAUACUUUUCUCCUGCGUUAAAAGCCACGAAAAGGAAGUUUCUGAUACAGAAAUACUAAAUGAUCGACGCCGUCUCAACGUGGCCAUCAGUAGAGCUAGACACAAGCUCGUGUUGAUUGGAAACAGGAGCACGGUGCAGAAGUAUCAACCUUUCAAGGAGCUCCUAAAUUGUUUACGACCUGAUCAGUUCAUCUUCCUGAAGCCUGGAGAUGAAAAUAUCUAUAGGGAAAUUAUAUACGCUGUAUAAUUUUACAGUGCUUUUCCCAGAUGUUUAUUUUCCACAAGUAUGUAUGUAGUACAUAUACAUAAAGGCUGGACUGGGCCGGAUAGUAUUUUCAUAUUGUCACGUAUAUUUUCAUAGCGCGAUAUUUAUAUUUUUACAUAUUUUAUCCCAAGAGGGUUUGUAAUAGUCUUACAAUUUUGACAAUGUUAUAUCAAACUAUAUUUGUAAGCAUUAAAUACGACGUGAGUGUAAAUA